AUGUCGUUGUAUCUCUGGAAGAGAGAUGUGUCGCAGACAAGAAUGUCUUCCUCCUCCCAGUCCAAGUUGCAGAAUGGAGAAAAGUCCGGGAUUCUGUUGUCCUCAUUACAUAUGCGGUAAAUUCAUUUUCGAUUUUAUUCAAUAUUCACUAUAUUUUCUUUAAAAAGUAUUAUUAAAUUACAGUAAAUCUUCCGCCUCCAUCUAUUCAAAGACGACCACACAUCCCAACAUCCGCACCACACAUCCCAGCAUCCGCCCCACACAUCCCACCAUCCGAACCACACAUCCCACCAUCCGAACCACACAUCCCACCAUCCGAACCACACAUCCCACCAUCCGCACCACACAUGCCAACGUUCGCACCAAUCGAAGUAAUCGAUAUAGAAACCUUCAAACCCACAACUACAACAGAAUCGAGCAUCACUACAAUGGAGACUACAACGGAACCUCCGGAAACGACAACAGAAUCCUCAGAAAUGACCACGUUGGAAGCACCAACCAGAUUUUCUUUCAUAGAUCACUUAUUGUCUUUGAUGACCCCUAGUCCUACUGACGCGGAACGAGACGACGUAAUCAGUGAGAAACCCGGAGCAAUUCCUGGAUCGCUGGUCGGUAACAGUUGGGGAGUGUUGAGAGUUUCGGGUUGCAAUGUAUAUGGAAAAUUUUAUAGUCUUCACGACAAAGUGGCAGAAUUAAGUGGAAGAUGCAAGGAAUGUUUAUGUGACGUAACGGGAGUCAAAUGCUCAAUCAUUUGUUAACCAUCGAUUUUUCUCGGCGCAAAAAUAUAUUUUUUCAUUUUUUUACAGAUCGGAAGA